AUGGACUUUCUGACGCUCCUCUUGAUUUACUUGUGUUUUGUUCUCACUUCUAUUGCUCUACUCUGCAUCUGCUCGGGAAGGAAGGAGAGUUUCCUCCUAAGAAGUGUCAAUAGUGCAACCCAGGUGUUGUCAUUUGUAAUCCCCACACAGCUCCAGAGAGUGACGCAGAGGGUGCUUCACAGGCUCUUCCACACAAGAAACUGUUUGUUUGUUGUCCUGCACAUGGCCUUGCAAGCUGCAGUGUAUGGGGAAUACACAUGGGAAGUGUUUGUUUACUGCUGGGAGCUGCAAUUCCACCUCCUCCUCCUGCUGCUGCCCUACCUGCUGCUGGCUGGGAAUGUGGGCUGCUUCAUACUCUGCUCCCGCACCAAUCCUGGUGUAAUAACAAAAUCAAAUCAUGCAUCAUUCGUUAAGAUUUAUGCAUAUGAUGGUGUAUUAUUUCAGAAAGGCAUCGUAUGUCCUACGUGCAACAUGGAAAAGCCAGCCAGAUCAAAACAUUGUAGUUUCUGCAGUAUGUGCAUACAUCGUUUUGAUCACCACUGCGUGUGGGUCAACAACUGCAUUGGUGCCUUCAAUGCAAAAUAUUUCUUCCUUUACCUUCUCACACUGAGUGCCAUGGCUGCAACCAUUGCAACCAUCACAACAGCGUUUCUCAUCCAAGUGGUCCUGCUGUCAGAUAUGAUGCAUGGAAGUUACGUUGAUGACCAAGGACAAGAGCAUGCUGUUGAGAUUCUCUUUCUCAUUCAGCACCUUUUCUUGACUUUUCCUAGGAUUGUCUUCAUGCUUGGUUUUGUUAUUCUUCUCACGCUUGUGCUGGGUGCAUACUGCUGCUUCAAUCUAUAUUUGACCUUAACCAACCAAACUUCCAACGAAUGGUAUAAAUCCAGAAGAUAUGGGUGUUCCCACCAUACAACAUUGCAGCCUCAUGACAGACAAGUUGUCUACGAUAACAUUUAUUCUAAAGGAGUCUGGAUGAAUGUAAAGGAAAUCUUUAAGCCUCCUACAGUGUUGGAAAGAAAGAAGAAAACAUGA